UAUUCUAAAUAAAUCUAAUCAAAAUUCGCUUACUUAGCUGUCACAAUAAUACCUAUUUGUCGCCUACGUGGCUCGACACUGCAUUCGAAAAACUUGCCAAGUAUUCAUAUCCCGUGGCUUGGCUGUGAGGCCGGCUUUUAUACGUCUCACCCAAAAAAAAAAAAAAAAAAAAAAAAGUGUUAAUCUUCAGAUCGUAUCUCCCCUGUCCAACUAGUGCCCGUUUACCGCCCAUCAUCACUGCGAUCGGCUGCGGCGUGUAACAACACCGCUGUCGUAACACACUUUUUCUCUCCCCAAAAUCUUUCUUUCUUUCACUUUCACACUUAAUUUCCUCUAUACGACUUCUAUCAUUCUCUCUACUUCUGGAAAAGCCUACGAAUUUGCUUCAAUUCCAAAUUUCAAAUCGUCAUUAAUACUCUCAUCAAUUUGGUGUAAUUCUUUGGAAAUUUUGUUUAAUUCGCUGCAAAUUUACUUCAUCUUCUGUCAAAUUGUAGUUCAAUUCAUACAAAUUUCCGCUGGUGUAUUGUAUGAUCCAACAAUGGCGAAAAUUAGGGAUAGGACUGAGGAUUUCAAAGAUGCUGUUCGCCGUCAAGCCGUUUCUUUCGAUUACAAUGAGUCUAAAAUUGCUGCUAUAAUGGCAUCAUUCAUUAUACACAAGCCUCGCGAAAGGACUCCGUUCAUGAAAUCUUCGUUGAAAACACUUGAGAGCAUUGGAGAGUUGGAAAAGUAUUUGAUGAAACAUAAGCGCGAUUAUGUUGAUAUGCAUCGGACUACUGAACAGGAGAGAGAUAGCAUUGAACAGGAAGUUACUUCUUUUGUUAAAUUGUGUCAAAAGCAGAUAGAGGUUCUAAAAGCCAGUAUAAGUGAUGAAGAAGCUAAUUCGAAGGGCUGGCUUGGUAUGAAUAUAGAUGGUUCAAAUGCUGAUAUAAUUGCACAUAAACAUGGAGUGGUUUUGAUUUUGAGUGAAAAGCUUCAUUCAGUUACAUCAGAAUUUGAUCGGCUGAGAGCUAUACGGUUUCAAGAUACUCUGAAUAGAACAAUGCCCAGAAGAAAACGAAGCCGUGUCCCUGAUCAAAAAUCAACAGAUCAUUUGAAAUCACAACAUCAAGAGGCCACGGAACCUGAUGAAGUGGAACCCAGUCCCCAAAGAGUCCAAGAACAGCUUUUGGAUGAUGACACUCGUGCACUUCAGGUGGAGCUGAGUAAUCUCCUUGAUGCUGCUCAAGAAACUGAAACCAAAAUGGUGGAGAUGUCUGCACUGAAUCACCUCAUGUCUACACAUGUUCUCCAGCAAGUCCAUCAGAUUGAGUAUCUGUACGAUCAGGCAGUUGAAGCAACGCAUAAUAUGGUGCUUGGCAACAAAGAGCUUACUCAGGCCAUACAGCGAACCAGCAGUAGCAGAAUGUUUCUUUGGCUGUUUUUUAUUGUACUUACUUUCGCAGUCUUAUUUCUUGAUUGGUAUAGCUGAUGUAUGUAGUAGGUAUAGAGGAUCCAGAAGCUGCAAGCUAAUUAUCAGACAUCAAUCUAAAAGGCAGUAGAAAAUAUGUCCACGCCUCCACGGUUCAUGACCAAAUGUACUGGUGGUGUGAGGCUAACAAUUCUCCAAUAUACUACGUAAUUAUGGAAAAAAUUCUUUGUAUCUAUCGUUUUCAGCCUGGCAUAUACAGACUAGGAAAUUCCACACUA